AAUGAACAGUUCGACAUUGUUGUCGUCGGUGGGGGUAUCGUUGGUUGUGCCGCAGCGAGAGAACUUUCCAUCCGUCAUCCCAUCUUCAAAAUCGCGGUGGUUGACAAAGAGGAUAAACUUGCCUUUCAUCAAAGCUCUCGUAACAGUGGAGUGAUUCAUGCGGGCAUUUAUUAUGCUCCUGGAUCGUUAAAGGCGAAAUUAUGCGUUAGAGGAUCUGAACUUGCUUACAAAUACCUGGCUGAAAACAACAUUCCUUACAAACGAUGUGGGAAACUAAUCGUCGCCGUCGAGCCCGAAGAAGUUCCAAGACUCCACGACCUCUUUGAACGCGGUCAAAAGAACAACGUUCGAGACUUGAAAAUAAUCGAACAGGCCGAUAUAAUCCAGUACGAACCUCACUGCAGGGGCCUCAAGGCAAUUUGGUCCCCGCACACGGGAAUUGUCGACUGGGGCAGGGUGACGCAUUCAUUUGGCGAUGACGUUGUGAAAAGGGGAGGCAAGCUUUUCCUAAAUUUUAAAGUGCUUCGUGCCAAAUACGUCAUUACCUGUUGCGGACUUCAGUCGGACCGUGUUGCAGCGUUGACUGGCUGCUCGCCGAUCCCAAAAAUUGUUCCCUUCCGUGGCGAGUACUUGCUGCUGAAGCCGGAGAAACGCUAUCUCAUUCGUGGAAACAUUUACCCAGUUCCAAACCCCACCUUACCAUUCCUCGGGGUACACUUCACUCCUCGAAUGAACGGCGACGUGUGGCUUGGUCCGAAUGCGGUACUUGCAUACAAACGAGAAGGAUACAAGUACCGUGACAUCAGCAUUGCGGACUUGAUCGAUUCGCUGGCUUUCAGAGGUAUGCAGAAGCUGGCAUUCAAAUACUUGCAGUACGGCUUUUCCGAAAUGUACCGGGGCAUUUUCAUAAGUGCCCAGGUUAAACAGUUGCAGAGAUACGUACCAGAAUUGCAUCUUUCCGAUGUUAGCAGAGGUCCAGCCGGUGUCAGAGCUCAAGCCCUUGAUGCCUCCGGCAAGCUAGUAGAUGAUUUCAUCUUCGACUAUGGCAAAGGCGCUCUGAGCCAUCGAGUAUUACAUGUUCGCAAUGCUCCAUCUCCGGCGGCAACGUCCAGCUUGGCCAUCGCAGAGGCGAUCUGUGAGAAGGCGAAGGAACAGUUUCAGCUCUAG